AUGGUGAGGACGCGAAAAAAUAUCGAAAAUAUGGAAAUUUAUGACUACAUGAAGGAACUGAAUGAAAAAAUAUGGAGCUACCUGUUCGAAGACUCCCUAGCACAUGAGGCAAUAUUACGAUCCCUAAACGAGUUAGAACAAAUUAUCAUUUCAAGAUUGUUGUUCAUACAGCAGGUGGUAUCCGAAAGAGCAAUGCGCUUGUGGAUUAAUCCAAACUCUCUAAAAAAAUUAAGUGAAUGCAUAAAAAAUUUGGUCGAAGCAAAAAUACUUGUAGAAAGUGAAACAAAAAAGGAUAAUUACAAUCAGUAUAAAAUAAAUGAAAAAUUCAGACAUACAAUGCUGAACAAAAUUUAUAAAAAUAGAGAAGAUAAAAUUUUUAUAUUUAAUAAUAACGCGAAGGAACAAAUGGAAAAAGAAAAAAAUCUGCAUGAAAAAAAUUUAUAUCCGACGAAAGAAGAAAUUGCGAAUUAUGCACAAAUGAGAUGGAACAAUUUGCUCCAUUUUAUUGCGUCCCCCAAAUUAAGUAAUCGAAAUGACGACAAGGGUGACCUCAACAGGAAUAAAAAUAAAGGAAGGAAAAAGAAUCAAACAGACGAUGAGGAGUACCGCCCCUAUGGCCACUUCCCCUACGGGGGAGCCACUCAUAAUGUGGUGAAUUAUACCGUGGUGAAUUAUACCGUGGGGAAGGAGGACAACGGGGAGGAGAACGACGAGGAGGAGGAUGACGGGGAGGAUGACGGGGAAGACGACGGGGAAGACGACGGAGACGAUGAGGGGGAUAACUCAGACAAUGAAGACCACACUGCGGAGGAGCGGGGAAACCAAAACUAUAGGAAAAAAUACGAGAAAGGCCCAAAUGAAGAAGCCAAAUAUGAUCAGUACGGGUACUACUACGAACAGGGUGAAUCUGUGGAAGGAGCCCCCCCAAGUGGAAGCGCACACAAGCUGAAUAGCCACGAUGCAAAUCAGUAUUAUACGCAUCAUCAUAGUAGGGAAAAGAAGAAGAAAAAAAAAAAGAAGAAGGGAGUUUAUGCCUACAAGCAGAAUGAUCUGUAUUAUAGGAGCUUGCAAAGUGAGGAAAAUGGCUACCUAGAGGAAGACAAUAAUAAUAAUAAUAAUGAGUAUUCUUUUUUCUAUUCAAGUUCAAGAAAGGAAAGCCCCCCUUCGUAUACCCCAUGCGAUAGCCUAAUCGAAGUGCUCAAGAGAAAAAACUUCAUACUACAGGAUGAUGCGAAUAGCAACAAGGCAGUGAACAUGAGUCGAGAAGCCUUCUCAUGGUUUCUCAAGGACAUACGAAGUAGGAUAAUAUCCCUGGUGCUCGAAUAUUUGCUCAUAAUAGAUGAUGGCUACGUCACAAACAUCGCACGGGAAAUAUCCACCAAAUAUAAGAAGGACAGUAGUAGCGCGAACACCGGUAGUGGUGGAGGAAGCUCUGCGAAUGCCCAGAAAGGGGAAAUCGAUUACUCUGUCUAUGGCACGUAUGCGAACCAUACUGCUUACCCCGAGCAUCGUGGAAGCGACGACAUUUACAGCAACCAUAUCCACACAACACAUCAAGAGAAGGUAAAAAAUGAUGGAGGCGGAACCCCCUGCUAUGUGACGGAAGAAAAGAAGGACCAAAAAAAGUCAGAACUGUAUGUGAAGGAAACCCUAUUGCUGAUCCUUUCUAUUAGUCAGUGUACCAUUAGCCAUCCCAUAUACCUCGAUAAUUUAACCAAAUCGCAGAAGGAAUUUAUCAAUUUUGGCAUCCACAUUGGUCUUUUCUUAAAGCGCAGUGAGGACUACGUCUUUGUAACUCCCUACGCAUUGCUUCUAACGAUAAAUAAUUUAAAUGUACAGAAUUACGUGGCUGUGAUGAACAGCCUGACGCUUGAGGGGGGGUCUGAAAACGCAUACAACGAGUAUAGCGCGUAUGGUGAGGAUGUAGGGGACAAUCAUCUCCCCAGCAACAGCAGCAACGUUGUGACCACACGCACCAUAGGCAUGGGCAGACAUGGUCACAUGGAUGGGGGGGCGAAGAAAAUAAGCGAAAAAUAUUUUCACCACUAUUCCUUAUUGCAAGAGGAAAAAAAGAAAAGACCCCCCACAAGUGAUACCCAUCAAAAUAUAGAUAAAACAAAAUCUACACACGAAUUAGCUAGCCAUCAUUUAUCCACAGAAAAAAAAAUUAAUGGAAACAAUAAUCUCGAAAUGGGGCUAAUUGUACAGAGUAAUUUUAAAGUCUACCUCUACACCAAUUCAACAUUGAAGAUAAAUAUUUUAAGUCAUUUAUGUGAAUUACAAGCAAGGACUCCCAACAUGGUCGUAGGAAUUUUGACCAGAAGGAGUGUCCUAAAUGCUUACAACUCGGAUAUUACUGCAAAUCAAAUUAUCAAAUUUUUGGAGUCCUAUGCACACCCAGGCAGAAGCAAUUUUAAAAGCUCUAUACCUGUCAACGUGAUCACACAAUUGAAGCUGUGGGAAUCGGAAAGACAUAGAUUAACUCUUGACGAUGCCAUCGUCUUUAAGUCUUUCGAAAAGGAAUUCCUUCCCCACCUAUAUCAGCAAAUCGUUGUCUGGGCUAAUAGCAAAAAUUACUUAUUGCAUUAUACACCUUGGCCUAAAAAUGUCAACUCCCCAGAAUUUGAUGCUUGGAUGAAGUCGGAAAAGUACCUCUGCUGUAUCUACGAAUCGAAGAAUGAAAUCAUCGAUAAGAUUAAGGAAAUUAGGGAGAAGCUCAUGAAGAAGCGGCAGAACGCGUAG